CUGUACUCAAGGCAUGCAGUGACUUCUCAGCUUUUAUCAUCUGUGGAUAUCUAGCACUGCAUCCGAUCUGAAGAUAACUUUUGAUAGAACAAACUUUUAAAUGGGAUCACAAGAUUCAGGCAACAAAAUUAGAAGGAAAACUCAGUAUGGUGCUACUGAUUUACCAGAGCCACAUGUUCACCAGAAGGACCAGGAUCAAACCUACUUGGAUGAGAGGAUCAGCAUUCCAGAUGUUGGUGGGUACGGUUUCAGUUUCAGAAAACUUUGGGCUUUCACCGGGCCAGGUUUCCUCAUGAGUAUUGCCUACCUGGAUCCAGGAAAUAUCGAGUCAGACUUACAGUGUGGAGCUGUCGCUGGCUUUCAACUGCUCUGGGUCCUGCUUUGGGCCACAAUCUUGGGUCUGGUCUGCCAAAGGCUGGCUAUUCGGCUUGGGGUAGUUACAGGCAAGGACUUAGGAGAGAUAUGUUAUCACUACUAUCCCAAGGUCCCACGUGUGCUGAUCUGGAUCAUGAUUGAAAUCGCUAUAAUUGGCUCUGAUAUGCAGGAAGUGAUUGGGACAGCAAUUGCUUUCAACCUCCUCUCAGCUGGACGUAUCCCUUUGUGGGGUGGAGUCUUGAUCACAAUUGUGGACACCUUCUUCUUCCUCUUCUUAGACAAAUAUGGUCUCAGGAAGUUAGAAGCCUUUUUUGGCCUCCUCAUUACAAUCAUGGCAGUAACGUUUGGCUAUGAGUACGUGGUUGUAAAUCCUGAUCAAAAAGAGGUACUGAAAGGGAUAUUUAUUCCUUACUGUAAACACUGUGGACACGAGCAGCUUCUGCAGGCUGUGGGUAUCAUUGGAGCCAUCAUUAUGCCCCAUAACAUCUAUUUACACUCUUCCCUUGUCAAGACCCGAGAAGUGGAUCGCACCAACCAGAAGGCAGUGAAAGAAGCAAAUAUGUACUUUCUGAUUGAAUCCACCAUUGCACUCUUUGUCUCCUUCCUCAUCAACCUCUUUGUCAUGGCUGUGUUUGGCCAGGCUUUUUUUCAACGCACCAACCAGGAAGCGCAUGAUGUCUGUGCCAACCACAGCUUAUUCUUGAAUCAGAGUAGUUUCCCCAACUUUCCUGAAAACAAUGAGACUGUGACUGUGGAUAUUUUCCAAGGGGGAAUUAUCCUGGGAUGCUACUUUGGGCCCAUUGCUCUCUACAUUUGGGCUGUUGGAAUCCUUGCAGCAGGUCAAAGUUCAACCAUGACAGGAACUUAUGCAGGACAGUUUGUUAUGGAGGGUUUCUUGCAGCUGCGCUGGUCUCGCUUUGCCCGUGUGGUCUUCACUCGCUCCUUUGCCAUUCUUCCCACUGUCUUUGUAGCUGCCUUCAGGAACGUAGGAGACUUAACAGGCCUCAACGAUCUUCUAAAUGUACUGCAGAGCAUCCUGUUACCGUUUGCUGUCAUACCUGUUCUCACCUUCACCAGCAUGCAACCUCUCAUGAAGGAUUUUGUCAACGGGAUCAUUGGGAAAUUUCUAAUGAUCCUGGUCACUGGAUUAAUCUGCGCAAUCAACCUAUACUUCGUGGUGACAAGCAUCAUAAGCCUGAACUAUCUGGCUUACUACAUCGCCAUAUCAUUUGUGCUACUUGCUUAUGUGGCCUUCGUCUGCUAUCUGAUUUGGACCUGUCUCAUUUCACAUGGAGCUGCCUUCCUGGCUCGUGGGCCCCAUACUCGGUUCAGUUAUGGACUGCAGUGAUAGUACAUCCCACUCAUCACCACUGGAAGCUGCUGAAUCACUACUGUCUCUCCCCAACAAAACAGGAAGCAGCUGCUCCUGGGCAUCUGCCAGGAGGCAGAGGUGUCAGAACCACAGUUUCUGUUGGCAAGGGAUGGACUUCAGCAUCAGUAGCGAUCACUCAGCAGCACAGUGCCUGCCUUGCAGGUGAAAAGUUCCAAGGACAAUUUCUGGCGUUCAUAAAGAAUCUUCAGACUCGGAAGAGCUGUGGUGUAACUUCCAGAGAGGGUUCAAGACUUGAUGCACUCAUGUUUUUAAUCCUGACAAUAUGUAGCUGGUUAGAAAAAAAGUGUAAAGAAAGAACUAUGAAGAAAGUAUUCCAGAUACUCACGACCAGCCAGACCGGCUUUGUGUGGGACAUCAAGACACGCACUUCAGUAGUGGGUGGAGAGCAAGCCUUUUUCAAGGGGGGCGGGUUCAGGAGCUUAAGGAAUGGGGGUAAAGUCCCAAAUUUUUGAUGCCACCCAUUGGUGAGGCCACAAAGGAAUGCUGGAAGAAUGCACAUGUCCUUUCUUUCCUACUUUUUGCACCACUGCUUUAGACUUUCUCCUUUAAGCUGCAUACACUGGCCUGCGACUCUCUGUGGGAAAUCCUCCAAAAGAAUAUGCACCUUAUAUUUACAUUGCAGGAUCUGGCAGCUAUUCCUUCUUUGUCCCACUGUAACAUAAAGACUUGUAUCAGAGCCUGUAACUGGCAUUUCUGCAGACCCACACUCUGGUCAAGGAUCCACUGCUGAUCAACGGUUUUGCUCCACAUUCUCCAUGCUAUUGUUGCUUGACUUCUGCCCUCUGGUUGGAAGGAGUAAUGAGACUGACAGAUGAAGUAGUGGGUCACCUUGAUUAGAACAAGGGAGCCCACUCAGUGUGUGGAUUCACACAUUGUGCUAAGCCAUGGUUUAUUUAACUAUGGUUUAUUGAAUAAUAUGACAUUGGCGUUUUUGACAUAACAUGAUAAUUUGGGAUUUACAAAUUGCAGAUGUUGGAUUUACACAGUACACCAAAUCAAAGCAAAAGCACUAUGUUUAAGAAAGGAUAGGAAGGGGUUCAAUAAAUCCAGGAGGAGAAAAAGAUGUCUGAAAAAGCUGGGGAGCAGAAAUCAGCAGUGGGAAUGAAGAGAGGACGAUAGCCAGAGAAGGGAAGAGAAAAACUUACACACCGCUACAAACACACAGAGAGAGCUUCUGCAUACAGAGAAAGGCUAUCCCAACGUUUUGUGGCGAGCCCCGCCCUUCCUGGCUGCCAAUCCACGGUGGUGCUCAGCAAGCUUUUCCAGCCUUCCAAACAUGUUCAUGAUAUCCCAGAGUCUGGAGAGCUCUGCCCUCGAUAUAGUAGUUAAAUAAAAGGGGGGAUUUCCUGCUACAAUUCUCCGUACCUUUUAAACCUGCAUAGCUGGCAAAGCUGUAGGAGCCCUGACUUUCUUAACAUCUGAUCACUUUACCUGAGAGAAUGGGUUUCAGUUUUAAUAUUGGUGCUUCUGUCCAAAAAAGUAACUUGAUGGUGUGCAGAAAUUGAUAGGUGCCAGAUUCUAUAUCUGUGCAGCAGAUACUUUUCAUCUGCUUAUUUUAACUGGCUGGCAACCAACAACCCAUUAGUAUGUUUUCAAUCCUUCUGAAGACAGCCUCCACAUGCAGGCAGGGAAAAUUUGCCUUUUUCUUUUUAAUCUCUGGCCCUAUAAACUGAUUGUAUCUUGUUCUAAAUUCAGUUAACUGACUUUUUUAUUGCGUUGAACUGAUCAGCUAAGUUAUGGAAAAUUAGGACCAUAUAGAUCAAUACUGAUGUUUUGGGGCCAUUUGUACCUUCCCCACCUCCGCUGCCCACCAUAGUUUUAGACUAAAGAAUGCACAGUUUUUUCUUCAGUGAAGAUUAUCAAGUGAUUUCCAAGAAUCAAAAGAUGUGAACUGUGCGGUACUGAUAAAGUUGCUGAAAACAAAUGCUCAAAUCAAAUAAAUAUUCUACAUUGUUAAAAAAGCAAAUCUUUUGAAAUUUGCAGGGAAUGGCAUGCCUUACUGUUACUGGAUUUAUCUUUGUAGAGGUAAAUUAGGUAAGGGGAGAACCAGGACCACACAAUGUAGAGUUUGCUUGUUUGUUAACACGACUGUUGUACUCCACAAACCAUGGUUAAAACAAACAUGGCUUAGCACAGUACAUGAGCCUACUGCUACCUUACAGCAAUCAAAUUCUCAGAAUUGAGCAGGGAUUUGGACCUUACAACAUCUCAUAUCCAGCUAAAACAUUCCAUCCAUUGUGGCACAGUCAACAAUCAGUACUUAAAUCAGCACUGAUAAUUACUAAUGCUAUAUAAAAUCAAAUUUCCUUCUUUACAGCCACAUUUAAGCAGAAACCCCACGUACCUGCUGUAUUGUUUGUAUAUCUUUCAUUCAUUGCAGUACAUUCCCCUAACAGUGUACAAUCAAUGGCCCACCAUAUGCCAUCAAACCAUCUCCCAUUAGCCCCAACUGACAAUGGCUAGUGAUCAGGGAAUAACAGGACUUGUAGUCCAAAGGCAUUCAAAAGUGCCACAGUUUUCCCACCCUGAUCCAUCAGGUCUGGUCAGGUCCCAAGAGUCCUUCCCCUUGAGGUCCCUCAGCUGGCCUUUCCUGAUAAGGAUAGAUAUUCUUCCACAUGCUCUGGAGUGCAAGCUAAAAUCUUUCUUGAUGUUCCCUGCAGCCUUUCCAGCUCACAUCUAUGUGAAUUAGCAGCCCCUGGAGAUGCUCCUAUCCAAUUAGUAUCUUAAUAACACUCUUCUGCAGGGACUAAGCUUUCUACUUUGAGCACCAAACCUGCGAGUCUUCUGCACUUGGCCAGUGUGGCUCCAAAUUACUGCUCCCACCUUAUAGAUUUGUGACUUCCAGGGGAAUAAGAAGUGGCAACUGAAUCCCCCACAACUGGGGGAUUGGCCUUUGAGCCAAAGAAAGCAUAAAUGUGGAAGCCAGUGUGGUCCCUAACAUUAAUCUUGCUUGCUCAAGAAGAAUCCUCUAAGCCUGGCAUCUUCAACAUGGCAUGUAAAGGGGGAUAAAGUGCUUGCUGACACCUCUUAUGAUGGCUUCUGGGCUUUCUCCUUGUUUUCUUUAGUUAAAACAAUAGGCUGGUAUUCAAAACAACAGUCUCCAGCAUUAUUUUUAGUCCCAAGAAAGCCUCCAUGCUCCAGCAGUCCAACAAGCUUUCUUUAAAAAUAUGGGUAGCUACAACCUAGAGCUUCUGAUGUGCCUCCCCAGAAUAAAAAUAACAGGACUAGUAGUGGGUUCCUGAGGUCAGGGGUGGGAAGUAGGAGUGGCAAGUAGAAUUCUGGGAACUUGUUACCAUUUCAUGAAUGGGCAAACUGCCUUCCCAGUGGCCACAAGAAUGCCCAUUGCACACUUUGAGAAUUCUUAAGCAUGCCCACCGGCUCUAACAGAUGAACGCCCUCUGAACAUGUAAUACUGACUUCUUUCCAGCCAGAGCCAAACACACAUUUUACAAGUUUGAUUAUACUGGAAACUUCUAGAUCAAGCUUUUUAAAUCUACUGAUAAGGCCCUUUGAUGGUGAAACUGACAAGAAUGCUUGCCUUGCAUAUACUGAAUGGCAGCUUUUAUACAAGGCAGAAUUAUAACACUCAAUAAGGAAGUUAACCAAAGGUUAUUAUUGGCCGUUUGACCACCUCCUGCUUUGGCUAGCUGGAGUUUGCUUAUAGCUAUAUGGAAUAAAGAGUGACUCUUCCAUUAAUUAAAAUGAGAGAAGCAUUCAUCAAUCACCAAACCAUAUUAAAAUACAUAUGAUUUGGGACUAAGUAUUGACUUCUAUAAAAGUAGGAUCACUAGACAGAAGGCUUUGGUAACCCUCUGCUGAUAUUUUAACAUGAGCAGGGGUGAAUCCACACCAGACGGGGAGUCAAAAAAGUCAAGAUGGCAUCUAUGGCCACACGAUCAAAGCUUCACCCUUUACAUACAGCUUCAAGCUAACCUGGGGGAUCUAAAACUUCUCUGCAAGCUAAAAAGGGUUUAGUCAGAUAUCCAAACCCAAAAAGUUCCACAUUCUAUGUGGGGAGCCAACAUUUGUACAGCUGGAAUAAAUUAAGCAUUCUAUUUUCACAGCAUAUUCUAAUUUCAGAAUCUGAGAGUUCUCAGAUUCAGUAGCCUUAGCAUAAAGCUCUAGCCUUUUUCUCCCACUGACUAAAAUGGGUCUAUUUGAGAAAUUCAUCCAGAUGCUUACACAGCUCCUUUAACCUUCAACUGCAGGAGGCUAGAAAACUAACAAUGCCAAAAACGGGAGAAAACAGGCUGCACUGGGAAAGAUGGCAUGGGCAAUAACAGACUGCUAUUUCUGAGAAAGGGUAGUGCAAAUGUUGAAUAGAAUCAAACAGAAAAGCAAAAGGAUGAUGGAAAUGUCUGAUGUUCUCCCCCCACCCUGCCUUCACUCCUGAAGCAUGUUCUUCAUAUGUAAAAAAGUAGUAUAUCAGAGAAAGUACGCCAAGCUACGUCGUUGUUGUUAUGAUUAUGAUUAUGAUUGUUUUAUGUACAGUAAAGGGUUCUUUCCCUUGACCUGUCUUUGGAAAAGCAUUUUAUAAAAAUAAUCCCUAUAUUUACAGCUUGAACUAAUACCAUUCACAGCCACGCUUUACCAUUUGCUUCUCCCUAGACACUGAAACUGACCCUGAUUUUUCCCUGACACAGGACAAUUCUGCUGAUGCUCUGGGUUUUUUCAAAGCCCUCCAUAUCCACAUAGCACUACUGUUUACCCUGAAAGAAGCAGGCAUCAAUGCUGGUAUUGUAAGGAGAGUCGGGAACUGAAUGAAGAGAGAAAGAAAAGCCAGGAAUUGCUAAGCAUGCAGGAGCCAUUGAUUCAGUCUUUCACUCGCAACCCUGGAGAGGGAAGAAAGAAGUAGUUGAUGAAAUGCAACCAGUUCAGAGGCCCCAUUAGUGGGAAUAGGCAAGAAGCAGGAAGUGAUGUGGGGCGCUGCUCCUGCUGGCCUCAGAAAAACAACCCUCGGAAAUAAAUGGAAUUUUCACAGCCCAGAGUUACCAAGCCAUGCCAGGCGGGCCUUUAAACCAGUUUUGCUGCCUGCUUCUGUCCCCAGAAGAGGAAAGAAAUAGCGUGGAUGUGUAUAAGCAACCACUGUCUUUUGGACUAACUCUACACUGAUGAGUGGAGAACUUUUAAACUGAGUUUUAUCCAAUUAGCUAAACGCAUUCUAGGUUUGCCCAACAGAUUGAAAUGGAAAUUGUGUUGAGGCUAGGCUACAAUACAGUUGGCUGGUUUAUCACAUUUAAAGAGCAUUUUAAAAAAGGUUUGGUUUAUCACAUUUAAAGGGCAUUUUUAAAAAGGUUUGGUUUAUCACAUUUAAAGGGCAUUUU